UGUGUCGCGUCGUCGGUCCGUGGUAGUUUGAGUGUUUCUCACGAGUGCGAUAUCGCUCCACCGUCCACCACGCGGUGAGUUCCCGGGAGAGCGCCGGGACUCGCUCUCUCUCGUUCUCGAGAACCGUCUCUCACGGGCGGCGCGUCACGUGACCGGCACGAACGCGCACGAACGCGGAGUCCGAUGCGCGAGCUCCGCUCCGGUUUUCAGGUUAUGUUGACAGGCUGCGUUAUCGAAGGCCGUGCGGACGGCCUCGAUUGGUCGGGUACGCUCGCGAAAAUCGUCGUCCUCCUGCCUGCCUGCCGCCGCGUUACAUAAUUGUUUGUCGGCCCGCGAGCGAGCGUCGCGCAACGUUUAUGGCAGCUCGGUUCCGCGGGCGCAUCUGUCAUACCGUGCGUUUAAGGGCACUCGCCGCGCCACAUCGAUCACAAAGCGGCCCUCGGCUCGUCCCCGUCGCGUGAUAUCUUGCGUUGGGACACCUCGAGCGGUCUCCUCGAGACCGGCGAUCUCCCGAAGUGGCCGCUGCGCUAGGUGCGAUAGAUCGUACUCGUUUGGAAAUAGCCUCGAGAAUAGAUCGGUUGGCUUCGGGGCGUUCGUACGCUGUCGGAGGCCUAAAUGUUAGCCCCGUGUCGGUUUCAUCGGCAUGCCGUUGACACCCGGGGAGCAACGCAACUUCGUUCUCCUCCCUGUGCUGGAGGUAUCGCUAAUACUCGAGGAGAUAUCGCGCUAGAGGGGUCGCUCGUCGCCGUACUGCCGUAGUUAGGAAAGUCGCCAGGUAGAAUUCUGGAUAUCAAAGUGGUCGAUUUUCAGCGGCGAAAUGACAGAAGGCGGUGUGAUCCGAAUCAAGCGCAAUGGGGCGCGAGUUUUCAAGAACCCGCCGCAGCCGCACAUGUGCAUACAGGAUCAUAUACAGGGCAGCUCGGCGCCAUGCUUCGUGAAUGUACUGUCCUGGGACAAGAUCGCGAUGCCUCGCAGACCCUCGCUGCCUGUACCUCUCUACGGAGGCAUGAGAGUGCCGCCACCCCGCACGAGGACCGAGGCGGUUGUCUUCGCCGUAAUGGCCAAUCCGGAGGUUCUGCGAAUGAGCGGCAAGAACGCCCAGGAUCCAAAGAAGCGUAGAAGCUUCAUCGAGCUCCUGCUGGACUUCAUAGAGACGAUGAACGCGGGCGUGGUCUUCACUCGUCACUACACGAUCCUGAAGGAUCGCGAUAUCACGGGGGAGUUGAAGGAGGUCUGGAACGCCGUGUUGGCCAUACGGGACAGCGAGCAGCGCCCGCCCCAGCAGGAGACUUGGAUCGACGCUCAACCCUCCGUGCCGCAGUACCCUCAGUAUCCGGAGCAGCAGCAGGAGUACAGCCCGCAGCCGCCGCAGUACCACUCGAGCAUCGCGUACAGCAGGGCGAUGAGCGGCGAAGGUAUGCACUUCGAGAGCUACCACCAGCCUCCGAGCCCGGUGAUUCCCCAGAACGAUCAGAUCUACCAGUCCGGUCCGAUAGUGUCGCAGCAGUAUCACGGCAAUGACGCGCGGAUAGCCCUCGACCGUUACAACUACCGUGAGCGCGGCAGAGGCGGUCAGAUCGUAUCGGGUAUCCCGCAGCAGAGCUGUCCGGCCUAUCCGACGGCGCAGUACCAGUUCCAGCAACUGCCCAGGCAAAUGAUGCCGCAGUACGUCAACUCCAACGUGCACCCCAACCCGAAUCUGGGCUACGGCAAUCCGGCCGCAAACAGCCCACCGGCGAUCAACCCGUCUUUUCAGCCGUACAUCUCGUAUCAGCAGCAACAGCAGCAGCAGCAACAGCAGCAGCAACCACCUCCGCGUAUGGACAACGCGAUGCACGUUGAUAUUCGCAGGAUGCAGCAGCCACCACAGAUACACUUGAAUCACGUGCAACCACCGUACGAGCAGCCCGGGCCGUUCAACGUGCGCACGUCGGGUAGACCGCACAUGGGAGUGGUUCAGAAGAACAACGCCACUAAGAGACAGGUGAAUUCGCCUACCCACGGUUCCUGCGGCAAUUGCCAGACGAAGGAGGAUCAAAACGGCACGAAGCCGAAGAGCCCCGUCAAAGUUCUGCAGAGGGAAGUACCUGCGACGGAGGUUCGGCAUGAUACGAGCAAUCACGCGGAGAAUAACAAAGCUCCCUUGGAGAAGGCGGACGAGCCGAAAGCCAGUCCGAUGGCGAACUCGGAGGAAGACCCGAAGGAGGCGAACAAGCCCGACGCGGAUUCCACGGAUACGUCGACGAAGCCGGUAGACGCCGACAGUCGCGAACCCGCGUGUACCGCCGACAACGCGCCUACGUGCGGGGAGAACUCGGUGAAGGUAGAGAAAGCUGCGCCGGAGGCGAGAGAGAAUGAAACGCAGCAGUCGGCGCAACAGUCGAGCGUCCCAGCGAAGGCCAACAAGUUCGGCAGGCGCAACGUGCGGACAGGCAGGGCUCUGAUCGCCAAGGGCGACAAGCACAGUCCGUUCGCGUUCGCGUCGGAGAGCCCGAAGCGCUCGCAGCCGACGAUGAACAGCAUCAUCAAGAGCGUAUUCAAGAUCAAUCCCGGCGCGUCCUCCGGCGAGGAGACGUCCGGCAAGAAGAAGACGAACGGCCAGGUGAAGGCCAAUGCCAAAGCUACGUGCGAGAACGAGGAGGCUCAGCAGGCAUAUACGAUACUGAAGAAGGAGUUGCAGGAGGAGAUAGCGAGCGAGCUCGCCCAGAUAUCCAUUCAAGACUGUAAGGACGCGACCGAGGUGGUCGGUCCCGUGCUCUCGUGAUAGCCCGGUCAGCCACAGCCGGCACGCUGUGCCGGCGUGCGAUCCCGAGGGCUCCGAUGUAAAUAGAUAGAACGUUAUUCGAUAAGAAGGAAGUCACGAGAAGGUGGAGGACGGACACUUUCGAGUGGUAGAACAUGCUUCUUGACGAUCAAAACACACACACACACACACACACACACAUACACACACGCACACCCUCGCGAGACGAGGACACUUGGACCGUCCAUACCGACGGACAGAACACGCGUCUUCCUCUUGGGAAGCCUCGACGGUUGGAUCAUCAUCGCGCACACACACCUCGAUGACUUGGACAUCUGGCGCGCGCAUAUUGGACUCUACGGUUGCGGCAUAUCGUUGCCACGACGUCGUAAUUCUUCGAUAGUCGGUAUCCGGAGGAUGUAUAUUGAUCCUUGACGACCCAACGUCCGCGGUUGCGCAACGCGCUUUAAAAGUUUCUUCGUUUUUUUUUUAUUUUUUAUUUUGUUUCGUUUGUUAUCCGAGGGAUAACGACGAUCGACGCGCUUCUCGAGAAACGGGGUGUGAUUGCCCGAACCCUGGAGGUGAACGAAGUUUACCGAACAGUGGGUCGUUAAGGAUUAACCAGCAGGCUGUGAAGACUGUUGCGGACAUUGCGUAUGUGCUGGUCAUAUUGGAGUAACAGUACUACGAGAUCAACGGAGAUAUUUAUCAGCCGUCGUCGACGAUUGAGGUAUCAGGGGAGACCCGUUCACGAUCGGAGCUGGGUGCAAUUUUGAACUCACUUGUACAGUUCUCUAUUAAUCAGUUUUUACACAACGGCCAUAUUUAAAAAGUAGAUCAUUCUUUCCCUUCGACGUUGUUUUCAGUAGUAGUGAUACAAGUAUCGAUUAUUAUUAUCAUUAUUAUUAUUAUUAUUAUUAUUAUUAUUAUUAUAGUUUUCAUUAUUAUUAUCGCGAUAAAUAUGCAUCCAGGUCUCGGUACUUUUUACCACGAAGUUACUUCCAGAGAGGAUUUCAAAUACGUUGGACUUUUAUCGCGGUUGAAUUUUCGUUUUAGAUUUUCGUUUAGUUGGGUUAACCACGAAUUGACAAGAUCCAACGAUUUUCUACGGUAUAUUUUAUAGGAAAAUGCGUGUUUUUUUUUUUCUUAUGUAUAACGAUAUAAAUUUGUUACAUGUUUAAAUUUUGAUUUUUCAAAUAGGUAUGUAUAUAUAUAUAUAUAUCUAUUGCGAGAUGGAAUAUGAUGCGCUGCUCAAAAUAAUUAGAGGAUUACACUUUUAAAUGCUCGUAUCUCGUAUGAUACAUGUACACUUAUUGUUUUCGGAAAAUUCUUAAUACUUCCUACUUUGUGCUCUUCAAUGAACGUGUCGUGCGCGACAACGCGAUUUUAGUGCUUUUAUUAAUCGUUAUUAUCCGCUCGAUCGGAUAUUCGCCCCUGUGAACCCCUGAUCGUUUUAAGCAGCGUAAGUUGCCUGUAAAACUGAACGGUAUUUUUACUGUACUCGCUACGGGCGACGAGCGCUAAAUCAUAUGAGAGAAUGUUCGAGGGCGCGAGCCCACGUUCGGUAUUCGAGAUCCGUCUACUAUAAUAAUCACUUUGCUUCCAAUAUAUCUCGCGGCGAAAGAGGUCGGAUGUGAGCGGACAGUGAUAUUAAAUACUUUUAAGUGUGUACGAGAUUCCGGGACGCCGCCCCGUCGUCCCUAAUUGCGCCGAACGCACGAAAACGAAUUGAGAUUUCCCUUUGGAUUUGAUUAAGCAUCGAAACUGGGCGAAAGCACCGCGCGAACGAAUAAAUCUCUACUGCAUUUACGAUAUAUAAAUAUUUAUAUAUUAAUAUAAAUAUAUUUAUGAUAUAUAAAUAUUAUCUGUAUGUCAUAUACAGGGUGUCCCGGAAUAACCGCAUGCGGCGUGCAUCGGGAGAUUCUUGCCUACCGAACGAAGCAACGUCUCGUUUACCAAGAAUUCGAAUGAUACUUUUUAAACGGCUGCUAUUUAAAUUGACACCGAAUUAGCGUAAUUAAGUUACGCUCGAAUCAGAAACGGUGUGUGAUCCGCGAAUCCACGACAUAUCACGUGCGUCACACUAGCUGUUUUUCUUCUAUCUCAUUAAAGGUUUAUUGUGUAAUUAUAACAAUAUCCGAAUUUAUGGCUCUUUUGAAUGACUUAUUUGUGCAAAUAAUUGGAAUAAAUAAUGUUCCAUCAGGCUUUUCCAAGGCCAUGAAAUAUCUUUAAACGUUGGGAUAACACUUUGUAUAAAAGAUUAUUUGUAUAGUAUAAAUUUGCCACUUCAUUUGUAGUUGUUCUUUCAGUGGCAUCGGUAAGAAAUUCUUUCGUGGCAAAUCAGCUUUCUGUAAAAUUACGGUCAAUUCAGAUAUUACUUAUUCGAUAUGGUAGAAUUUCUUACUGAUGCCACUGAAAGAACGACUGCGAAUAUACUUAGCAAUAUACUUAAACGACGUACAAAUAAUUUUUUUCACAAAGUGUUAUUCCACCGUUUUAAAAAGAUUUUUAGUCGAGGAAAUAUUACUUAUACUAAUUCCACGAGGCAACUUGAUAUUCUAAUUUUUAAUAACGCUCCUUUAAAAACUAUCAUUUAAACAGAAUUUUGACAAAGGAAAAGUCGUGUCGUUUAGUUUCAAGAAUCCCUCAGUGUACUCUGCAAGCGGUUAUUCUAGGACAUUUUAUAUGAAAAAAAGAUGUACACAAUAUACUACAUGUUUGAGAACGUCGGCCGAGUCCGUUGCGAUAAAUCGGACAGACCGGCGACAAUGUCAAUAUUCUCGUUGGGCAUGCGAUGCCUCCGUCUUGUUUAUAACAACGCCUACAAGCUAUUUUUUACAUACCAAAUUACUCACAGACAGAUUAAUUCGUUCUGCGAUCGGAGUGCACGAAUGUCGGUGUUUUUCUUUUUCGCCUGGCUGCGUUAAGUACGCAGCGACGUUAUCGACGCUCCGCCAGCGAGAGUUGGUAGGCAGGCUCUCAGUUGCACGGAGUAACGCGAAUAAUCCACCACAGAAGCGAGUGUUGCCGUAGGUUAGCAAGGAGAAGGAAGUAGAAGAAGGAGGAGAGGGAGAAAAAGAUGAAAAAGAC